AUGAAUCCAUUGAAAUGUGCCUUCGGAGUUACUUCCGGCAAGUUCCUUGGCUUUAUUGUGAGACAUCGAGGAAUUGAAAUUGAUCAAGCCAAAGUCGAUGCAAUAUCAAAGAUGCCUGAACCUCGAGAUAUUCAUGAAUUAAAAAGUCUCCAAGGAAAGUUAGCCUACUUGAGAAGGUUCAUCUCAAAUCUAGCGGGGAGAUGUCAACCAUUCAGUCAUCUCAUGAAGAAAGGUGCUCCUUUUAAUUGGGACCAAACAUGUAGCGAAGCCUUUAAAAGUAUCAAAUCGUAUCUAGCGAAACCUCCGGUUUUGGCAGCCCCUAUACCUGGAAAACCAUUGAUACUCUACAUUGCAGCACAAGAAAGGUCUGUAGGAGCCCUGUUAGCUCAAGAGAAUAGUGAAGGCAAAGAAAAUGCUCUUUAUUACUUAAGUAGAACGAUGACGCCAAAUGAGCUAAAUUAUUCGCCAAUUGAAAAGUUAUGCUUGGCACUGGUCUUCUCAAUUCAAAAGAUGAAGCAUUAUUUUCAAGCUCAUGUUGUCCGCCUUAUUUCUAGAGCAAAUCCCAUCAAGUUUGUUAUGUCAAAACCUGUCCUUAGUGACCGACUAGCAAGAUGGUACCUCCAAUUCCAACAAUUUGAGAUUGUGUACAUCCCUCAAAAAUCCGUGAAGGGACAAGCACUAGCGGAUUUCUUAGCAGACCAUCCUAUACCAAAUGAUUGGGAGUUAACUGAUGAGUUUCCUGAUGUAGAUGCGAUGUUAAUUGAAGUUCAACCUCCUUGGAAAAUGUACUUUGACGGGGCUGCACAUCACGGCGGAGCUGGUGCUGGUGUGGUGUUCAUCAUUUCACAAGAAGAGAUUCUACCAUUCUCUUUUACUCUAAAACAAUGUUGCUCCAAUAAUGUCGCUGAAUAUCAAGCACUGAUACUUGGACUUGAAAUGGCCGUUGACAUGAAACAAUUACAUUUACAGGUCUUUGAUAAUAAGAAAGCUGAUGCAUUGGCUACUCUAGCUUCAACGCUAACCCUUCCUGAUCAAACGCAAGUAACUGUCUGUCAAAAAUGGAUAGUACCACCGUCAAAUGAGGAAGAAUAUAUUGAAAAUAAGCUUUAUCAUAUCGUCGCCAUUGUUGAAGCUGCGAAGGAAGAUUGGAGCCAACCCAUCAUUGACUACCUAUGUUAUGGGAUACUUCCAGAAAAUCCAAGAAGAAGAACUGACAUACGUCGUCGUGCACCUCAUUUCCUUUACUACAAGGAUACAUUAUAUAGAAGAUCAUUUGAGGGUAUGUUAUUACGAUGUUUGGGAGAGGAAGAAGCGAUUCAAGCUCUGCAAGAAGCACACUCAGGAGUAUGUGGAUCACAUCAAUCUGGACCAAAACUUCAUUUUCACAUAAAGAGGAUGGGGUAUUACUUGCCAACCAUGGUGAAAGAUUGCUUAUAUUAUGCUAGAAAAUGUGAUGCUUGUCAAUUUCAUGCGAAUUUCAUUCAUCAGCCACCCGAAGUAUUGCACCCAACCAUCGCAUCUUCGCCAUUUGACGCUUGGGUACUGGAUAUUAUAGGACCAUUACCAAAGUCUUCUGGUGGACACUUGUACAUCUUGGCUGCAACUGAUUACUUUUCAAAAUGGACUGAAGCUGUCGCUUUAAAAGAGGUGAAGAAAGAGAAUGUUGCAAAUUUUAUCCGAGUAAAUAUUAUCUAUCGCUUUGGCAUCCCUCGAUAUAUAAUAACAGACAAUGGAAAACCAUUUGAUAACAAGUUAAUGAACAAGAUUUGUGAUCUUUUUGACUUUAAGCAGCGUAAAUCUUCUAUGUACCAUGCUGCCGCUAAUGGUCUUGCUGAAGCAUUCAAUAAAACUCUAUGCAACCUGCUCAAGAAAGUUGUCUCCAAAUCCAAACGGGAUUGGCAUGAAAGAAUGGAAGAAGCUUUGUGGGCAUAUAGGACAACAUAUCGCACACCAACUCAAGCAACACCAUAUUCACUUGCUUUUUGA